UCACUUUUUGAGGUGACUUUUUGUUACUUUCCCAUUACGUUUAAACCACCUCCAGAUGAUCCUUAUGGAAUUACUGCAAAUGAUUUAAAAAUCGCACUAAGAGAAUGUUUAUCCGCAACCCCUCAUUUUUCUAAAUUAGCGAUGCCUUUGCUGGUGGAAAAACUGGCUUCUAGUUCUGGUAAUGCCAAGACAUUAAAAGCAUGUGCUCCUGUGUAUGGUCCAAGUUCUAUUAUUCCUCAUCUUGAA